AAGCAAUUGAGGACAACUGCUAUUGCUGUCAGAAGAUGGAAAACAACGUAACUACCAUCUCUCGUGAAGAGCUUGAAGAACUAAGAGAAGCAUUUAGUAAAAUAGAUAUUGACAACAGCGGGUAUGUCAGUGAUUAUGAGCUUCAAGACCUUUUUAAAGAAGCAAGCCUUCCCUUGCCUGGCUACAAAGUCCGGGAGAUUGUAGAAAAAAUUAUUGCAGUAACAGAUAGCAACAAAGACGGAAAAAUCAACUUUGAAGAAUUUGUCUCUAUUAUUCAGGAAUUGAAGAGUAAAGAUGUUAGCAAAUCUUUCCGAAAAACAAUAAACAAAAAGCAGGGCAUUACAGCAAUCGGGGGAACAUCCUCGAUAUCUAGUGAGGGGACACAGCACUCUUAUUCAGAGGAAGAAAAAGUUGCUUUUGUUAAUUGGAUAAAUAAAGCUCUACAAGAUGACCCAGACUGUAAGCAUAUCCUCCCCAUGGACCCAUCAGAUGCCAGUCUCUUUAAGUCCCUGGCAGAUGGCAUUCUCCUUUGCAAAAUGAUUAACUUUUCGCAACCAGAUACAAUUGAUGAAAGGGCUAUAAAUAAGAAGAAACUCACUCCUUUCACAGUUUCUGAAAACCUAAACCUGGCCCUGAACUCAGCAUCUGCUAUUGGCUGCACAGUUGUCAAUAUUGGAUCACAAGAUUUGCAGGAAGGAAAACCACACUUGGUAUUAGGACUCUUAUGGCAGAUCAUUAAAGUUGGCCUUUUUGCUGAUAUUGAGAUCUCCAGAAAUGAAGCUCUCAUUGCUUUGCUAAAUGAAGGGGAAGAAUUAGAUCAGUUAAUGAAGCUUUCUCCAGAAGAACUCCUGCUACGCUGGGUAAACUAUCAUCUAGCCAAUGCAGGGUGGCAGAAAAUCAGUAACUUCAGUCAAGAUAUUAAGGAUUCAAGAGCAUACUACCAUCUAUUAAAUCAGAUUGCACCCAAAGGAGAUGAUUUUAAAGAAGUUCCCAUAAAAAUUGACUUUUCAGGGUUUAAUGAAAAAAAUGACUUGAAGAGAGCUGAAUAUAUGCUCCAACAGGCUGAAAAACUGGGCUGCAGGCAGUUUGUUACUCCAGCUGAUGUGGUUGCAGGCAACCCUAAACUCAAUAUGGCUUUUGUUGCAAAUCUCUUUAACACGUAUCCAGCCCUGCACAAGCCUGACAAUUCAGAAUAUGAUCUCAAUUUAUUAGAAGGAGAAAGUAAGGAGGAAAGGACAUUUAGAAACUGGAUGAAUUCACUGGGUGUAAGCCCAUAUGUUAACCACUUAUACAGUGACCUCUCUGAUGCUUUAAUAAUCUUCCAAUUAUAUGACAUGACUCGUGUGCCCGUCAAUUGGAGCCAUGUAAACAAACCUCCUUAUCCUUUCCUCGGGGGUAAUAUGAAGAAGAUUGAGAACUGUAAUUAUGCAGUAGAGCUUGGGAAGACAAAAGCCAAAUUCUCCCUGGUUGGUAUUGCUGGACAUGAUCUAAAUGAGGGUAAUCGAACACUGACUUUGGCUUUGGUUUGGCAGCUGAUGAGAAGGUAUACUUUAAAUGUAUUAUCAGACCUUGGAGAGGGGGAAAAAGUAAAUGAUGAAAUUAUUAUUAAAUGGGUGAAUCAGACACUCGCAAAUGCAAAUAAGAAAACUUCAAUUACCAGUUUCAAGGAUAAAUCAAUUAGCACUAGUUUACCUGUUCUAGAUUUAAUAGAUGCCAUUGCACCAAAAGCAGUUCGCCCAGAAAUGGUCAAAAGAGAAGACCUUUCAGAUGAAGACAAAUUGAAUAACGCUAAGUAUGCAAUUUCCGUUGCCCGAAAAAUUGGUGCUCGUAUAUAUGCUCUCCCAGAUGAUCUGGUUGAAGUGAAGCCAAAAAUGGUGAUGACAGUGUUUGCAUGUUUGAUGGGAAGAGGACUAAACAAAAUAAAAUAAUGAAGAAACUGAACAAAAUAUUCCGCCAUGUUAAGCACGAUGAAUGCCUCACAGUUUACAGAAUUCUGAAGCUUAGUCCAUAUAAAACCAGAGAAAAUUUGUAUGCACAAGUAAAUAUAUUCUGU